GAAAUUAAAAGUGAUUUAGCGUGGCACGAAACGAAACAGCCUUCUUUGCGCGCCCAACCGCAAAAAAUACAACAGUGAAGUGGACAAGUCAAGAUUGAAAUGGAUCAGUCAAUGUGGGGUCUGAAAAUAAUAUAAAAUAAUAUUUUGAAGAACACGAGCCACGACGGCUAAUUUUUCGUAUUUUCUUCUUGAAUUGAUCGCUGGCGUUACAUUCACUAAUCCUAGUGAAUAGUUGUAGACAACUGAGAAUUUCAAAGGUAAAAUGUAAAUCUAUUUUUCUCCAGCCGUCGUUCUUCUAGCCGCCGUCGUCAUUUUUUAAGCUCCCUGUUGCUGCUGUUACACCGCAGUCAAGCGCUAUGCGACGUGCUCUGCGUUUCCUCGUUGACAUAAAUCCACUUUGCAUGAAAGGUUUAUGUACAAAAGUAAUCCUAGACACAUUCAGACUGACCUUUCAAGCGAGAACACGAGGUGCAAUUUGUAAUGAAAAAAUUUAGCUUUUCUUUUCCUCUUCUCUCUAGUCUGCGUGCACACAAGCGAGAAACACGUCGGGUUUAAUUUUCGUGUUAACAGCGUACAAAAAUAAGGGCCAGAAAUAGCUAUCUUCUCCUCUGGCUAACGCAAAGAUAAACAAUACAGAGUGCGUGAUGGAUCACUCUUUCCAUCGCUGUUGAACGUGGACUGCUUGGAAUAGUACAUGUUACAAUAUAAACACGCAGUGAUAACCUGCCACUGUUAUGGGAAGGAUUCUACUAAAACUAAUCGAGACUUAAUUAUUAGCGUCCUCGCUUAGUCUGUUUUAAGGUAACAUUAAGACAACUUCUGAAUGAGGGACAAGAGCCCGAAGUACUUACGAGAGCAGCUAUCCAGAGAGGCGCAAACAAGUAACUGGUGUAUAUGAAGCGGACUUCAUACCUAUCCACAAUGCCAAGCACAAAAAAGAUGGCCCCCAUCACAACCUGAACCAUCGAGAUGACUUUCAAGAAUCGUCUGUUAUGCCCCAUUUUACCGUUCGGCGAAGUGAUUGAAAGAAAUAUAGAGUUGAAUUUUGAAAUUCAGCUUAGACCACAGAACGCCCGUACAAGCGGCGUGUCUGGUUAGUAUUUACAUGUUUACAAAUUUGGAUAUGAAAUUUCCCCAGUAAGUCACGCAUGCGGAAAAUUAUCUGUUAGAACUACCGCACACCACGUUUGAUUGCAAUAACUCUUACAACUUUGAACAGCUUGACGUAAAAUGGCGUACAACAGUCGGGAUUUGAAAGUCGUUUCCAUAGUUCAGCUCGUAAUGACCGCCAUCUUCUUGAUCCUUGGUUUAGUAGAUCGAUUUCAAGUAAGAUAUUUAUAUACCAGCUUUCUGAUGUCGCCAUGUUGGACGGCUGCCAUUGUGUUACCAGCUGGCAUCAUGGGAGUGAUUUUGGUCAACAAAUCAAGUCCCUCCUCGACUUUGAUUAACGCCGUGAGCUCUGUGAGCAUGACGAGCGUCAUAGUAUCAGGUAUAACCGUGUAUCAAUAUAAAUGGGCUGUGGGCAGAAUACUGAUCGCUAACCUAUACUCUGCGGGUAUGUAUCGGGAAGUCACUGACUUUGCCAACAAGGACGUGCCUCUUAAACUCACCGACCAGGAAAAGACUGUGGUAGCAAUAAGCUCCUUGAUUGCAAUAUUUUCCACCAUUGAGGUUGCCCUCGGCCUUUGUGCCGCUUGGAUCAGUGAUUCUCUCUACCAGCCUCCCCAAGAGAAUCAAAUCAGUCAGGCAAGAAAUGUGAAUAACCAGUUUGGAGCCGGACAAAUCCCAAUGCACCCACCCUAUACAGCAGCUCAGCCUAUGGUUGCUGUUCCAGUACCCAGCUACAAUGCCCUUAAGUAGUCAGUUUUCUUCUUGCUUUUACUCAGUUAUUCUUUUAAAUGAAUCUCCCAACAUAUUUAAAAUUAAUAUUGAACUCAUCCAAAUCUUUUGAAAUUUUGCAACAAAUAUAACUUAGCAUUUUGGCCUUUAGCACUGUUUC